CCUCCUUGGCAUGGAUGCUGCGGCUCGGCUGUGGGCUGAGGCAGCUGGGGACAGGACCUGGUACUCGGGCUGCUGCCCGGCUCCCUCUGGGCACCGAGAUGCCUAAGAAAGCUGGUGCAAUGAACAAGGGUAAAAGCCAGAGCCAGGAAGCAGAGAGACCAGUUCCUCCCUCAGGUCCUGUGGCAGUUGAUCCCAAAGGUUGUGUCAUCAUAGCCAUCCAUGCCAAACCUGGUUCCAAACAAAAUGCUGUGACAGAUUUGACAGCCGAGGCUGUAAGUGUAGCUAUUGCAGCACCUCCGACAGAAGGAGAGGCUAACGCUGAGCUUUGUUGGUAUCUUUCCAAAGUCUUAGAACUCAGGAAGAGUGAUGUGGUUUUGGAUAAGGGUGGUAAAUCUCGUGAAAAAGUGGUGAAGCUUUUGGCCUCCACAACUCCAGAAGAGAUCUUGGAGAAACUGAAAAAGCAAGUUGAAAAAAAAUAAAAGCUAGAAAUCAAAAGUACACCCUUGAGAAACUUUUUUUUAUUGCUAAUGGUGAAAAGACUGUUAAAAAGGAAAAUAUAUUUAAAGACACAGAAUGUGGAUAUACACAUAUUUAAUAAAAACAGGACACAAAAAAGAAGUAUGAAGAUUUAAAGUACUGUAUGUUGAAUUUAGGUUCUAAAAUCCCUGAUCCCAAACAGCUUGGGACAUGUUACUCUGAUUUCAUGGCCUUACAAAAUAACAGAGUUGGAAAGGAUAUUUAAGAUGACCUGAUUCAGCCCCUUUCAUUUUGUCAUGGGGCUUCUGACGUCCAGAAUUUGAGUGUAUUCAGGAUCACAUGGUGCGAGAUGGCAACUAGAACCUAGAUCCCUUGGCUCCCAGUUGAAUGCAGUUUAUCCCAAUUGUAAAUUAAAAUAUUUCCACAGCACUACUGGAAUUCUGGGGAUGGCCUUCUAAUCCAGUUUACAAGUGACAGAGGAAGACCUGUCACUGUUUCAUAGUGUCAUUUUGUAUUUUAAAAUGCUUAUGUAUUUUACUAUGUAAAAUGCAAAUUUUUUGUGUUUUUUUAAAAUUCUGUUGACCAUUUUGUUAAAAAGUAAAUAAGAAUAAUCAAGACUUCUAAUUUACGGAAUUCCCUGGCAGUCCAGUGGUUAGGACUCGGAGCGUUCACUGCCAGGGCCCCGGUUCAAUCCCUGGUUGGGGAACUAAGAUUCUGCAAGCCAUGCACGACGCAGCCAAAAAAAAAAAA